AUGGUAGCCCAUUUCAGGCGAUCCGUCUCUUUCUCCAACACCGCAUCGCCGCCGCCGCCACCUUCAUUUUCCACCACUAAAAUACCCGGAAAAAGGAUCCAUUUUAGAUCCACUAGUCUCCCAACAAGGUCCCACCCUAUACUAUUUCAACUUAAAUACCACCUCAACCAACUCAAAUCCCAAUGGGCAUCCCACACGAUACCCGAUCAAUCAAUUCAGGUUGAUCGUGUAUCAGAUGCCCUGAUCCGUUUACGGGUAAUUCUAGAGUCUCUUGAUGACCUACUUGACCUAGCGCCAUCAAGAGACUCCCUGCGUCGCCACCCUGAUUGGGUGGAGAAGGUUCUAGAAGACUUCCUCGUGAUGGUGGAUGUCUAUGGAACCUUCCAGAUGCAAAUCUCGACGUUGAAACAAUGCAUCAUCACAGCGCAACUCGCAACAAAGAGAAAAGACGCGUUGAAAAAGGUUGUGUGCUUAAAGGGCUUAAAAAAAUCGGGUGGAGAAAUAUCUAAGCUCAUGCCAUUUCUCCAGACGAUCCGGUUGCAUCCAAAUGAUGUAACCGGAUCGGAUCAGAAUGUUGAUCUCGAACUUGUUGGAGUGAUAAAAGAAGUAAUUGAAAUGAUUAUCAUUAUAUCAGAAGCGGUUUUUAGUGGGAUUUACGAGUCGUUUGAGACCCGAAAAACAUCAUGGAUGAUGGGAUUGAAAAAAGCAAAGAGGGAAAAAGGGAUAAAAGAACUAGAGAAUGGUAUUUGGAGCUUGAGAAAUUAUGGAGAUGAAGAUUUGAACAAGAAAAUGAUGCAAAGUAUGGAGGAAUGUAUUGAUGGAAUUGAGAGUGGAAGUGAAAAGGUGUUUAGGAGUUUGAUAAACACUAGGGUUUCACUACUUAAUGUACUUACACAAUAA